UCUUCAUCCACCGAUUUCUUUUCCCGGAACGUUAGACCGUUUUACGUCCAAUCCUUCCAUCUGUUUUAAAACAUUGUUAACCGCCAUGGAAAUCCCUAGAAUUUACCAUCUUUUAGGUCUCGCUGUGACGUCAUUGUUGAGUUUUACCUCGAGUGUUGAGCAGACUGCCUUUGACCUCCACGUUCAGAAACUUUGCCAACACAACUCUUCCCUCGUUCUCCCCCACCCCCACGAAUGUCAACUGUAUUACGACUGUUCCACCAAGUACAACACCCUCCCUCCGAACUUCGUGCAGCACAUGAGGGAGUGUCCUUUUCCGGACCUCUUUUCUCUACAGACGUUGAGUUGUGAAGACUACAAAAACGUGAAAUGUGACGAGAGAGUUGAGUACACGACCGCAUGUGGAUACCGUGCGAAUCAAGUGAAUGUAUAUCACGUGAUGUGCACAAUCCAAGAUGUUAAGGGUCUGAAUGGCGGACAAGGAGUUGUUGCUCCGGGAAUUAUGGGAUUGUCUGAAAAUACAAAUCAGGAUAGGCAAAGCACUGGAUUUGUGAACCCAAAGAAAUUAACGGGCUCUAGGAUAUCACUUGAUGAACUGAAGAAAGAUUUAUGUAGCAAUAAAAUGCAAUUGAUUUGAUUAGAAUUUAAAUUCUAAAGAGGAGUUUACGGUCGACCUGAUGAAACUCGAAACCUUGCAUUAAAUUGAAAUGUCGAUCGAUAUCUGUGUGUGACUGUUGAUCUAUGAACGCCAAGUGGCGUAUCUCUAAACCAAUUAACUGCUACUUAGUGAUGGAAAUAUGCAAAUUUUUAUGCGUAAAUCUGUACAUUUGAUGCACUCUUUAUCUUUUUUAUUGCGAUUCCUUAUCAUAUAUACAUAUGUAAAUAUAUAUGUACCGAGGUUAAAAUCAUUACAGCAAGUAAUCAAAACCAUUUAUCGGCGAGCUUUAGUUCAUUUGGUUAUUUUUUUAAAAGCGUUAUAUACAGUGCGUUCAUCUUUUAAAAAGAAUUUGUCCUUUAACAUUUUUUAUUUCAAUUAUAAACUUUAACAAAUGCCGUUGGAGAUAAAAAUUUGUGUCAUGUAAAGGCUAAUGUGGUCCAUAUUUCUUUCAUAGAGGAAGGAACAUUGAUGUUUAUGUGACGAAACAUUACAGAGGCGAC